CGGAGCCCCCCUGGAGCCCGCUGAAGUACUUAAGGACAAAGAGCUGCAGCGUCCCGCUCCAUCCUGCUCGUCUGUUCGGAGGGUUCGAUUCCCGGGUGGAAGAGCGCCGACUUCGUCUCUGUCACAUUCAUCAGUCCCCACUGUUCUGCAUCAUGUCGGGGCCCCUGGGUACCUGCUGCCUCCUGUCCGGCCUUCUGUGCAUCCUGGUGCUUCGCGGUGCUCGGUCGAACUCCGCCCCCCCUGUAAUCCAGCUGCGUCUUGCUGGAGAGAAGAGGAAGCAUUACGAGGGUCGGGUGGAGGUUCUCUACAAUGGAGAGUGGGGCACGGUGUGUGAUGACGACUUCUCCCUCUACGCUGCGCAUGUGGUGUGCAGAGAGCUGGGCUACAUGGAUGCCCAGGCCUGGUAUCCCUCAGCCAAGUACGGAAAAGGCGAAGGUCGCAUCUGGUUAGACAAUGUUCACUGCUCAGGCUCAGAAAAAAGUCUGGCUCAGUGCGAGUCCAACGGCUUCGGCGUGUCGGACUGCAAACACUCAGAAGACGUCGGGGUGGUGUGCUCCACGAAACGCAUUCCAGGGUUCAAGUUCAUCCGGAACCAGAUCCACAACGACCAGGGUUUGACUGUUCAGGUGGAGGACGUGAGGAUCAGAGCCACGUACUCGCACAGGAAACGGGUUCCCAUCACUGAGGGCUUUGUGGAGGUGAAAGACGGAGGCAAGUGGAGGCAGAUCUGCAGCGAGGAUUGGACGGAGAUGAACAGCAGGGUCAUCUGCGGCAUGUACGGUUUCCCUGGGGUGAAGCGCUUCAAUGUCCGACCCUACAAGCUGCUGGCCCAGCGCCGGAAGAAAAACUACUGGGGUUUCGGGGUAAACUGCACGGGCAAUGAGGCCGACCUCUCUGAUUGUAAACUGGGCAGAGAAAUCAAGCUGAAGGGCAACAGCACCUGUGGGCGGGGCAUGCCGACGGUGAUCAGCUGUGUGCCGGGACGAGCUUUCGCCCCGAGCGUCAGCAUCGGCUUCAGGAAAGCCUACAGGGUGGAGCAACCCUUGGUGCGUCUAAGAGGUGGAGCCAUGCUCGGCGAGGGGCGGGUGGAGGUGCUGAGGAACGGGGAAUGGGGAACCGUUUGUGACGACAACUGGAACAUCCGAGCGGCCACCGUCGUGUGUCGAGAGCUGGGUUUCGGCAGCGCCAAGGAGGCUCUCAGCGGCGCUAAAAUGGGACAAGGAAUCGGACCGGUCCACAUGAACGAGGUGGAGUGUUCCGGCUUUGAGAAGUCUCUGACCGAGUGCUCCUUUAACCUGGAGUCCCUGGGCUGCAGCCACGAGGAAGAUGCCGCUGUCAAAUGUAACAUUCCCGCCAUGGGCUUCAACAAAAAACUGCGGCUAAGCGGAGGCCGAAACCCCUAUGAAGGCCGCGUGGAGGUGCUGGCGGAGAGGAACGGCCUUCUGACGUGGGGCAGUGUGUGCAGCGACAGCUGGGGGACCAUGGAGGCCAUGGUGGUCUGCAGACAGCUGGGUUUGGGCUUUGCGAGCCACGCUUUCCAGGAGACGUGGUACUGGCAGGGAGACUCCUCCAGCGAUGUCGUGGUGAUGAGCGGCGUGAGAUGUUCAGGAACGGAGCUGACUCUGGAUCAGUGUCUGCAUCAUGGAAGCCACAUUGACUGUCCUAAAGGAGGCGGGCGCUUUGCUGCUGGAGUUUCCUGCACUUUAACGGCCCCAGACCUGGUUCUCAACGCUCCGGUCGUGGAGCAGACCACCUACCUGGAGGACAGGCCUUUGUACGCCCUGCAGUGUGCCAUGGAGGAAAACUGUCUGUCCAGCGCCGCGUCCAAAGCCGACCCCACCUCCUACCGCCGCCUCCUGCGCUUCUCCUCCCAGAUCCACAACAACGGCCUGUCGGACUUCCAACCGCGGGCGGCGCAUCACUCCUGGACCUGGCACGAGUGCCACAGGCAUUACCACAGCAUGGAAGUCUUCACACAUUACGACCUGCUGAGUCUGAACGGCACUAAGGUGGCAGAGGGACACAAAGCCAGCUUCUGCCUGGAGGACACGCAGUGUGACGAAGGUAUCCAGAAGAGGUACGAGUGCGCAAACUUCGGAUCUCAGGGCAUCACAGUCGGGUGCUGGGAUACGUACCGGCACGACAUCGACUGCCAGUGGGUGGACAUCACUGAUGUGAAGCCUGGGGAUUACAUCUUCCAGGUUGUAAUCAACCCAAACUACGAGGUGGCAGAAUCUGAUUACACCAACAACGUCAUGAAAUGCCAAACGAGAUACGAUGGACAUCGGAUAUGGACGUACAACUGUCAUAUAGGUGGAACGCGGAGUUCAGACGUGGACGACAACACCUUUCCCGGUCUUCAGACCAACCAGUUUUCUCACAGGUAGACCCGGAACGGACUGAACAGGGGGACGGCAUCAGAGAAGCGUGUACUCAUAUUGAACAACCACUAGGGGGCAGUGUGACCCUGCUUCCUUGGAGAGGUGCUGGACCGUUGCUGAGCUCGGGGUUCACGCGCUGAAACGUCACACGACUGAACUUCAUUUACAUCCUGCAGCUGCAUUUUUGCUGCUCAACUGUUGCAAUAAGGACUGAAGCCAAAUAAGUAGAAACCUUUGUGCACAUUUUUUUUAAACCAAAGUUCGAGUCAACGCUAACGUAGCUGUCAGCUUUUUUUUUUUACGAAACUUGACGAAAUCAGAAGUUAUUUUAUCCUAAAACUGCCAUAAUGAUCUCUAAAGUCAAAGGACUUCUGGAAUUAAGCCCGAAAUGCUUAUAUGGGCCCCCGUCUGCAGAAUAAACAACCCAAAGUGGGAUUAACAUCGUCGCUGCCAGAGGCGCCGAGUAAACACAGCAGCAAAUGGGAACAGAUGGUUGGCUUUGUUCAUCUGUGAAGACUUUCAGGAGGAAAGUGAGGUCAGAAGUAAAUAUCACUUUUUCAAACCUUUCUGUUGCUUUCCGCUUCAUAUCUGCUUCUGUCUGAGUCUGAGCUUUGUUAAAUUAUUACAGUCCGGGAUGUGGAGUACUGUACCACGCGUGUUUGUGAAAAAAACGCCUCCUUGUGGAUUUGUACAUUAGUUUUUUCAAAUGCAGAACCCGCAGAUCCUUCAUUUUAUAAGGACGGCUGGUUGUUGCUAAAUGUUUUUCUCUGCAGAGAUUUCAAAAAGAAAAUACCUUUUGAAUAAAAAAAUGUAUUAAAGCACAA